CUUGGCUAGAGACCGCUCGGUGUAAACAAAUCUAUAGCGCAGAACCGCCGCGUUCUGAGCCUUGAUCUAUACAUCUAUUUGGACUGCUUGUCUGUAACGGUUUCAAGGAUGUAAGUGAAUGCAAUGACCGCUGGCAGAAUCAACCCAAUCUGGGUUGGAAUCAGAUCAUUCACGGUUAAUCAAUGCCAUCCGAUAAGUUAGCGCUACAUAUCUGCCGCGGUCGCUGUCAAGGAAGGAGGAAUCGCACACUAUCUUAUGAUACUCACUUCUGCAAUGGCGACACCUGCAGAACACGACCUCACAUUAGCCGAAGCUGAAAGCAACAAAGAGAAGACUCAGAUGUUUGGGAUCCUUCGGUUGCAGGAGGACAAAUCAGCCGGUGACAAAGCUAGCACCGUGGCUGCUGCUGCCGUCGCCUGCACUGGUAGCAGUGGCAGCGUCAAAUCUGGGGACGGGAGAUGGCAAGCGCCGAUCUUCGCGCUGGCCAGGAAAGCGUCGGAAACCUUCUCAGGAAGCAUUCAUGUUCUUCCCAAGGUAGCAGAGCACAAAACCUCUCCUUACACCGAGGACUGGAGCUCUAAGGCCUUUCGAGACCCCAUGGCCAUGGAGCGUGCCAACCUGCUGAACAUGGCCAAGCUCAGCAUCAAGGGUCUGAUCGAGUCUGCCCUGAGCUUCGGCCGCACCCUGGACUCCGACUACCCGCCGCUCCAGCAGUUCUUUGUGGUGAUGGAGCACUGUCUGAAGCACGGGCUGAAAGUGAAGAAGUCGUUCCUGGGCUACAACAAGUCUCUGUGGGGUCCACUGGAGAUGGUGGAGAAGCUGUGCCCGGAGGCUGCCGAGAUCGCCGCCAGCGUCAGAGAUCUUCCAGGGCUCAAGACUCCUCUGGGGAAAGCUCGGGCGUGGCUGCGCUUGGCUCUCAUGCAGAAGCGUCUGGCGGAUUACCUGCGAUGUCUCAUCACCAGGAAGGACAUCCUGAGUGAUUUCUACGAGAGUGCAGCAGUGAUGUUGGAGGAGGAGGGUGCUGUCAUCGUGGGUCUUCUCGUCGGACUCAAUGUGAUCGAUGCAAACUUGUGUGUGAAGGGCGAAGACCUGGACUCCCAGGUGGGCGUGAUCGACUUCUCAAUGUACUUGAAGAAUGACAUCGAUGACUACAGAAGUGAGGAGAGAAAUGGUCAAAUAGCUGCUAUUUUGGACCAGAAGAACUAUGUUGAAGAGCUGAACAGACAACUAAACUCAACAGUGACGGGCUUACAAGGAAGGGUAGAAUCCCUCGAGAAGUCCAACUCCAAACUCAUUGAGGAGCUCGCCAUCGCCAAAAACAACAUCAUCAAACUACAGGAAGAAAAUCAACAGCUCCGAACAGAGAACUCGGUGAUUGUCAUGAAGACGCAGCGUCGUCUAGAGGUGACUCAGGUAGACGUGGACGUUGAGCUGGACACUUACAAGCAGUCGAGGCAGGGUCUGGACGAGAUGUACAACGAGGCCCAGCGCCAGCUAAGGGAGGAAUGCCAACUACGGCAGGCUGGGCAGGACGUAGAGAACGAGCUGGUGGUCCAGGUGAGCAUGAAGCAGGAGAUGGAGAUGGCCAUGAAGCUGCUGGAGAAGGACAUCCACGAGAAGCAGGACACCCUCAUCGGCCUGCGCAACCAGCUGGACGACGUCAAGGCCAUCAACGUCGAGAUGUACCAGAAGAUGCAGGCUGCUGACGACGGCCUCAAACAGAAGGACGAGAUGAUUACCAGGCUGGAGGAGAAGACCAAUCAGAUCACAGCGACCAUGAAACAACUUGAACAGAGAUUGCAGGACGCUGAGAGGGAUCGCUCCACCGCCGAAGAGGGCACGCGCCGCUUCAAGCAGGAAUUUGCCAACAAAGCUGACAAUCUACAGAAGCAGAUUUCCCAGAGAGAGAAGCAGAUGCAGCAGCUGGAGACGGAUCUGAAGAUUGAGCGAGAGUGGCGGCAGACCCUGCAGAACGAUCUGGAACGGGAGCGAGACGUCGUCGCUCAGCUCAGCGCUGAGGCACAGCAGAUCAAUGGACUCAAAAAAGAGUUCCACCGGAUGCAUGAUGAGAACCGGCAACUGAAAGGCAUCUGCGAGGAGCAGGAGCAGGCCCUGUCUGAGCUGGGCUGCAAACUCAGCGAAUCCAAACUGAAAAUUGAAGACAUCAAAGAAGCAAACAAGGCCUUGCAGGGUGGCCAAGUGUGGCUGAAGGAUAAAGAUGCUACGCACUGUAAGCUGUGUGAAAAAGAUUUCUCCAUUUCCAGAAGAAAGCACCACUGCAGGAACUGUGGCGAGAUCUUCUGCAACGCCUGCUCCGACAACGAGCUGCCGCUCCCCGCCUCGCCCAAGCCGGUGCGAGUGUGUGACACGUGCCACGCCCUGCUGCUCCAGCGCUGCUCCUCCACCACCACCUAAAAUCACCCAGAGGGAGGCCAGGGGCUCGCCGCUCCUCCACCACCACCACCUAAAUCACCCAGAGGGAGGCCAGGGGCUCCUCCUCCACCACCACCACCUAAAAUAACCUAGAGAGAGGCCAGGGGCUCGCCGCUCCUCCACCACCACCUAAAAUCACCCAGAGGGAGGCCAGGGGCUCGCUGCUCCUCCUCCACCACCACCUAAAAUGACCUACAGUAGAGAGAGGCCAGGGGCUCGCUCCUCCUCCACCACCACCUAAAUUACCCAGAGGGGGGCCAGGGGCUCGCUGCUCCACCACCACCACCUAAAUGACCCAGAGGGAGGCCAGGGGCUCGCUGCUCCUCCACCACCACCUAAAUUACCUAGAGGGGGGCCAGGGGCUCGCCGCUCCUCCACCACCACCUAAAAUUACCCAGAGAGAGGCCAGGGGCUCGCUCCUCCUCCUCCACCACCACCUAAAAUGACCUACAGUAGAGAGAGGCCAGGGGCUCGCUGCUCCACCACCACCACCUAAAUUACCCAGAGGGAGGCCAGGGGCUCGCUGCUCCACCACCACCACCUAAAAUGACCUAGAGGGAGGCCAGGGGCUCGCCACACUACAGACGGACAGCACACUCACACCACAGCCACGACCAUAUGGCUCCUGGCACCCCUUUAACCCAGCAGAGGCAGACGCAGCAGCAGCAGCAGUAGCAGCCCCUGGCUGCUGUCACUGACACAAUAACAUACUACAACUAAAAUCCAAGAUGGCCGAGCACUGGUUUCAGGUGUUUAAAAAAAAAAAAAAAGACGUUUACAUUCUCCUCAGUGUUGUGCCUGAGCCAAGAUACUCUUGAGAUAUUACAGGACAUAUUUUGGCAGCUGGCCAGAAUCAGACAUUCAGAAGCACGGAACAUUCCAAACUUGAAGUACAAAUACCUCUCUGUAUUCCAUACAAUGCAUCAAAUCAGCGUGAAGACUAUUGUGAUAAUGCUCUAUGCCUGUGAUGGACAGAAGACUGUUGAGAUAUCUGAUUUAUUACCGAAGUGCAGAUAUUAAUUGAUAUUCACAUGUGCCUAAGUAAGAAGCCAAAAUGAUGAAUGAUAACAUUUCCAGGCAUUUCUUUGUAGAGAAGUCAGACCAAGAAGUUUGACCAUCCUAAAGCACUAAGAUUCUUAAUGCUGCUUUGAUUUCAAUGACAAAAUCUGCACAGUAUCAGUUCUACAAAACUUGCCAUGUACUAACAGAAAAUUGUCCUGGUAUGUAUUUAGAAAAAAGUACUACGAUAUGUAAUAUAGCACAUCAUGUUUAAAAUAUGCCAAGGUUUUUACUUUAUUUCUUUUUAUUUGUAAAGUGUAAACUGGAAUGCCUCACAAAAGACUAUGUAUUAAGUCAGUAUGAUUUAUAAUUAAUUUAUAUCAGUUAUAUUAUAUAUUUAAAACCGAACUUGUAACCCCAAGACUCAACUUCAUAAAAAUGGCCAGAUAUUUCAAAUUUGAAAUGCUGUACGGUUGGAUAUGUACUAAACCACUGAUGGUUAUAUCUAUUGAUUGUUUUUGUAUUUGCGUGGAAGCACAAUAGAUUAUUAAUUGUCUUUUCAAAUUCAAAUACAUCACUUCUGAUUGUCUGUAAGAGCAUCGUGUGUCAAUGUAACUUUGGACAGUGAUGUUCGGCAUGAUUUUAAUUUUAUUUUCACUGAAUCCCACUAUCUAACCACUUGAGAGAAAUGUGUGCUUCAAACUGUUAAACCGUUACUGAGGUUCGUGCUCAUUCAGCUGGCUUGAGUGAAUGAAGAGAGAAUAACCUGUGUACAGAGAAGCCCUCGGGGGGGGCAGAGGUUACGUUUGCAGUUUCAAUGGAAGAUCCAUUGCUGAAUGCUUCCAUUCCUGGAAUCAUCAUUCACCAGUUUCAAAAUAAACUCUUCAGCGGAACUGA